UGAAUCAUUAAAACUGAGAGAUACGAAACUGGAAUGGUGUUAGUUCAAUAGCCUCACAGGCUUACAGACAUUCUGGACUUCUGAUUGCAAGCUUCAAGGCCUCCAAGCAAAAUGAAAUUGAAGAAAGGCGUUAACCCUCUCUUUUCAUUAGUUUUACAAUGUAUGAUCAUGGUGUGCAAUCUCUUAUUUAUUCUGCCAUUGCAGCUCUUUGGGGGUUCACGGCGUAGACCUAACGUGAGAGCAAAAUCAGUUGGUAACCAUCCUGCUGGCCCAUACAGAUGCGUGGAAAGUUUGGAUCGUCUAUUAGCAAGUCUGUACCCUGGUGCUGACACUCUGGAUAAAAUUUUUCAGUAUGCCACUGAUGGCUUUAGACAUAAGAACUGCUUGGGAACACGUGAAAUUCUUAGCGAGGAAGAUGAAAUUCAACCAAGUGGAAGGGUCUUCAAAAAGAGUUCUUCAGAUGAGACAGCAAAGGAAGAAGACAAGCUCAUAGUGGCAGAGAAAUUAAUUCUUGGAAACUACAAAUGGCUCACCUAUGAUGAGGUCUACCGUCGUGUUGCACAUUUUGGUAGUGGACUGGCUAUGUUGGGCCAACGACCCAAAGCCAACAUCGCCAUCUUCUGUGAAACCAGAGCUGAAUGGAUGAUAGCUGCCCAGUCCUGCUUCAUGUACAACUUUCCUCUUGUCACCCUCUACGCAACUUUGGGAGGUCAAGCAAUUACACAUGGACUAAAUGAAACUGAAGUCACUCAUAUCAUUACAAGCAAGAAACUUCUGCAAACAAAGCUGAAGGAAAUCCUCCUUAAUGUUCCAAAAUUACAGCAUAUUAUAAUUGUAGAUGAUAAACCAACAGCGUGGUCUGAAUAUCCCCGUGGCAUCAUGGUUCACAACAUGGCAGCAGUGGAAGCAUUGGGUGCAAAACCAGAAAACUUGAAUAGACUUCGGACUAAACCUACAUCUUUAGAUAUCGCAGUAAUUAUGUACACAAGCGGGUCUACUGGUCUACCUAAGGGAGUGAUGAUUUCACACAGCAACCUCAUUGCUGGAAUAGCAGGGAUGUGUUCUAGAGUUCCUGACUUGGGACCGAAAGACACCUACAUUGGUUACCUACCUCUGGCACAUGUGCUGGAGCUAAGUGCGGAAACGCUUUGUAUGGCUUGCGGCUGUUGUAUUGGCUACUCCUCCCCUCAGACUUUAGCAGACCAGUCUGCCAAAAUCAAGAAAGGAAGCAAAGGUGAUACAACAGUGCUUAAACCAACAUUAUUGGCAGCUGUACCGGAAAUUAUGGAUCGAAUUUAUAAGAAUAUCGUAACCAAAGUAGAAGAAAUGAGUAGUAUACAGCGGACACUCUUCGUUGUUGCCUACAACUACAAAAUGGAACAGAUGUCUGCAGGUUGCGGCACGCCUAUCUGUGAUUGGUUGAUUUUCCGAAAAAUACGUUCGUUAUUAGGUGGAAAGACUCGGAUCAUUCUAUGUGGGGGUGCUCCACUGUCACCAUCAACACAAACUUUCAUGAAUAUCUGCUUCUGCUGCCCUGUUGGACAAGGAUAUGGAUUAACAGAGACUUGUGGAGCAGGGACCAUUAGCGAUGUGUUUGACUACACCACUGGUCGUGUGGGAGCUCCAUUGCCCUGCUGUGAAAUUACACUGAAAAACUGGGAAGAAGGUGGAUAUACAGUUUAUGACAAGCCACAUGCGAGAGGAGAAAUUCUUAUUGGUGGUCCAAAUGUUACCCUGGGAUACUUCAAGAAUAAAUCCAAAACACUUGAAGAUUACUUUGUAGAUAAGGAUGGACAGGCAUGGUUUUGUACUGGAGAUAUAGGUGAAUUUCAAGAUGAUGGAUGCCUUAAGGUCAUUGAUCGGAAGAAAGAUCUUGUGAAGCUGCAGGCUGGGGAAUAUGUUGCCCUGGGAAAGGUGGAGUCUGCUUUGAAGAACAGCCCAUUAAUAGAUAAUAUCUGUGCCUAUGCAAACAGUGAUCAGUCUUAUGUCAUUUGUUUUGUGGUGCCCAAUCAGAAGCAGCUAUUAGCUUUGGCUCAACUGAAGGGAAUAAUAGGAACCUGGAAUGACAUUUGUAACCAUCCAGAAAUGGAGAGAGAGGUGCUGAGAGAAAUAACUGAUGCUGCUGCAAUAGCAAGAUUGGAGAAGUUUGAAAUUCCAUUGAAAGUUCGACUGAGUCCUGAACCCUGGACUCCAGAGACAGGCCUGGUCACUGAUGCUUUCAAAUUGAAACGGAAGGAGUUGAAGACCCACUACCUAGCAGACAUUGAACGAAUGUAUGGAGGCAAAUAGUACCUGCAUUCUACUCCAUCCCACUAAAUAGGAAUGAAUCUGAAGCAUAAUUACAACUGAGACCAAAACAUACAGUAACGUUUUUCAAAUCUAAAACCAUAGGAUUAACUAAUCUGAAAGAAAGCAUCACAGUAUCAAAGUUACCCUGUACCAGAAACUGAAUAUUGUUUGAUUGCAAGGUAUUAACAUUCAUCCAGGUCAGGAUUACUAAACCAUUUGAAGAAAAAGUAAUGUGUUUCUUUUUGAGAUUAUUUAUAAAUUAAAUUUUGUUCAACAAAUGGACUAGGAAAAGAAAUGAAUUGUACAUAACUACAUGAUGUCAUGAGCCUCUAAUACAUUGCUGUUCUCACAUGAUCGUGGAAGCAGUAUAUUUAUUAUACAUUUGUGCAAUGUUUAAAUUAGCCAUGUUUUGUUCUGUGCAGGGCUUGUUCAAUCCAAGAAGUUUCAGGAACUUUUGUUGAAUUUCAUUGAUGGGAGUCUUCUCCAAUGGGUCAAGAAAUUUAUCCAGUGAUUAGCUGAGUCAUAAAGAUCAGCGAGGUUCAAGGUUCGAUACCCAGCUUGUGAUGAGUUAAUUGAUCUCAUUCCAGGGUAGCGAUGUGGGCACUUAAAUUGAGAAAGAAAAGUCAGCAUGCAGCAGCUAUGAUGGCUAUCCGUAAUCUUAGCUGGAAAUGUUCAUGUGUUAGCUGAGGACAAGCUUGUUUAUGAUGCCCUGUUCACGCCCUGCCUACACUCAGUCAAAUUCCACAAAUGGAUUGUGGCCACUUGGGUGAGAUACCAGGCUGUAUCUAGCACUUGUGGAAUCAUAGCCCUGCAUAUAGUCAAUGUCUUCAGGGAAGAACAGGGAAAAUGGUCUUGAGGAAAAACUUAAUUCGCAUUGAGAUAUAUCACACAUGGAAGAAAGUUUAUAAAUCAUUUAAACUGUUUUUAUCCAUUUGUACAUUGUAUCUGUUUUAUUAGUGGAUUGGUGGUAAAGUGUUAAUGAAGAAAUAAGCAGAAAUCUACUGUAUGUGUAUGACUGCUGUUGAGUGGAUUCUGAAAUGGCUGAUAGUUUUGCACCUUAGCCAAGCUUCUGUGUCUGAGUGUAACAGAACACAACAAUGGAAAUGCAUUGUGUAAAAAUUCAUAGUCAAUUGAGAAUGUAAAAAAAAUCCAUAUUAUACAAACAGAUUCAAAAAACUAUUGUUACAGUGUGAUUGUCAUUGAUUUGCAAGAAAUGUUUGCACAAUAGAUCAAGCUAAUGUUGCCUCCAAGGUGCUGAAGAUUUCCAUUUGUUUUAUGUAGGUAAGAACUAAAGACUUCUAAAUCUGUGGGGAAAGAAAUGGCCUCCUUUGCACCAACCAGAGUAUUCAAAAUAGAAAUUUGUCUUCUGGCCUCUACACCCUGUUCUUUGCCCUGGGCCUUGGUUUUGUGAUUGGCAAGAGCCAAAGGGAUCAAAGGGGAUUGCGAAGGCAAGCUCAUACAUUAUGCAAAACAGCAAGAGAACGAACUUAUUUUUUCUGAGGCUUUUAACUUUAUCUUUAGAUUGCAGAACUAUGGGGUUUUACAGCUUCAAAAUGGACGUGCUAAAACAUGCACAUUAUCAAUGUACGUUAGGCAAUGGUUAAUAAAAUAUCUGGGAUGUAUGUACCUUUUGUUUUCCAGAAUGCGCCACCUUAGUGCUUUUGACCUUGACCUGUACGAACGAUAAACCUAAUACCAGCUCUAAAAUCUCUUUGCAGUUUACAGAUAUGAUAUAGACAACUAUUACUGAGAGCUACAUUUUUGGAAAACCAGAACAUUGAUAUUAAUGCGCAAAUUCAAACCCUUCGGUUGCUUGUUGAUGGUUGUUCUCUUGGUUCUCAGAUCUUGUUUACUGCCAAAAAUAGAGUUUCUUUUUCAGUUAAUUUUCUACUAGCAAUCAGUUAUAUCUUCAGAACUGACUAGUAUGUUUGCACCAAAUGUACUAUCAGUACUUGUAGUAGCAAAAUAGGUAGUAUUUGGUAUGCAUGUAAGUUGAUUUGUCAAAAUUUGCGAACAUUUUUAAACAGCAGAAGCAAUCAUGUUCACAAUGAUACUUUCAGAGGAGGAUGACAGCAGCUUUUGAAAGUGAAUCCAAGUUGUUCAUGUCCUAAGGGCAUUGGGUCAGUUGCUCAGUAAUGGCAAACACAUUGUAAGUUGCUCAUUUUCAUGGUGUCUGAUUCUGUGGGGAUGCAUUUGAACUUGUUAGUUUCAUGUGAAUAGUUUGAGCAUUUAUGUUUUGCGCAUGGUCAUUAGAAAAACUUUCUAUAUGUCAGCUUGUGGGGAAGAGAAUGGAGGGUUAAAAUGUACAUAAGGAAAAGAUGCAUACAUGUGUAUAAAAUUGACUGGAUGGUGAAAGUUUGCUGUACUUUUAUGUAUUUUGACUACUGUUUAUUUUAAGGAAUUCUGGUGUGGCACCUACAUUAAAUCUUGGUAUUUAAUGGCCCAUUUCUAUCUGUAAAUACCUGUAAGACUGUAAAUUUGGUGGAAGUUUCUUUUCAUUUGAACAGUCAACUGUACAGCAAUCUUAACUAUUUAAUGUAGUGAAUUUCAUGAUAAAGUCUGGAAUUUUCUUUGGACCUCCUGCAAAUAUCUGUACGAACCACAGUUACAAAAUGUAUUCAAUUAUUUAUUUGUAUUUGGAUAUGUUUUCAGUUACAAAAUAAAACUGUAAUUUGUGAUUUC